GCAGACAAUUUCAUCCGAGCAAAUGCCUGCAAUAAAUUGACUGUCAUCGCUGAGCAGAUCCGGUACUUGCAGGAGCAGGCUCGGAAGGUCUUAGAUGAAGCUAACAGAGAUGCUGAUCUGCACCACGUGGCCUGCAACCUCGUGAAGAAGCCAGGAAACAUUUACUACAUGUACAGGCGGGAGAGUGGCCAGCGGUACUUCUCCAUCGUGUCUCCUAAGGAAUGGGGGACCAGCCCGCACGAAUUUCUCGGUGCCUAUAAACUCCAGCAUGACAUGUCCUGGACUCCAUUUGAGGACAUUGAGAGACGAGACGCUGAAAUAAACAUCUUGGACAAGCUGCUGAGCCGUCAGGCAGCGCUGCCGCCAUGUACAGAGCCCAACUUCCAGGGCCUGACCAAGUGA